AGGAACCGCACCUUCGGCCUCCAUUUCUUCCCCUCCGUAUCCUCGCGGCUGGUCACCGAAUUCGUUCCCACAACUUCUGCAGGCUCCCCCCACCGCCUCCGUCUGCGCCGAGCACGCGUCGAUCCGGAUCCAGAUUCAGAAACAAUGGCGGCUGGCUACAUUGUAGGUUCGCUGGUUGGGUCCUUUGGCAUUGCAUACCUGUGUGACACAUUUGUUUCUGACAAGAAAGCAUUUGGCGGUACCAUUCCCAAGACUGUUUCUGACAAGGAGUGGUGGCAAACCACGGACGCCAAGUUCCAGGCCUGGCCUCGCACCGCUGGACCACCAGUCAUCAUGAACCCCAUCAGCCGCCAGAACUUCAUUGUCAAGUCCACUGAAUAGGAUAGAGAAGCUGGUCCAAUGUCUUGUUUUGCACCAUGAAACUGAGUUUUUUCCCCUUCCUCUAUAGGUCUUAAAAAUAAACAAGAUGAACUAAGGUCAUGAUUAUUGAUGGUUUUUUGCUUCUCCGGGAGCAAACAUUGAGGCUUUCAGCUUACUUGUUUUCUGACGGAUUCUCUUCCUGUAAAGAACCACAUUGUUUUCUUAUUACCAUUUGG